AGGCGACAGGGAGCCGCACCUGCGCAGUCAGCGCCCGCUUGCGCCUGGGCAGUGGAAACGCCAGCUUGGCUGCCCCAUAGCCCAACCGCGUUUAGAGGUGUCCCAGCUCUCACCUCCCUGGACCGGCUCUGAAGUUAAUGCAUGCUGGAAUCCAUGCAGGUUGAAGCAGUUCUCGACUAGAAGAGUGGCAGACUUAUCACUGCAGAUCUAGAUUCUCUGAGGAAGGAACUGAUAUUGUGCUCCAGAGUGAUUUUCUGUUUCUCUCUGCCUUUAUCUUGGAAGAUCCUGAACAGGCCCACCUGUGAACGGCUACACAGAGGAAGAAACUAACAGAUCCCCUCCAGAGUGUGGCUGAACCAGGACUUUAUUCCUCCUCUUUUAGUGUAAAAGAAGCCUGAAUUCUAAUUUGGGCAAGAUGCUCCUUUAGAACAUGAGCUUGCCAUCUUCUCUGUCUGCUGACUUUCCGAAUACAAUCGCUGUUCCUUGCCCAACACCUCAUAACCUGAUUGACUGAUCUGUCCUGCAGUGAGUGGGAUGAGCUUGAACUUAGUAACGCAUUUUGGUGAAGCCAGCCAGGAGUCUUUCUGUUUGUGACCAGCUGGCCUGGCAAUGAGGAAUUCUCAAGGAAGGCCGUAGCAGCUGCUGGUACCACUUGUCCUGAGUAUCUUCCCUAAAGAAUUACCCAGAGCGACCCUGGCUGCCUCAACGCUUGGCAACUAGAGCAAGGAGUUGACAUCUGGGAGCUGAGGGGUUCCAUACAGUAGGAAAUCACCUUGCUGCAACAUCAAAGUCCUAUUCUAUCUGUGACUUGUCAUCCUACUCAAUUGUCAUCCAAAUCAAUCAACAGAGUAUGAAAGAAUGGAUGUAAGAAAAACCUGAAAACUGCAGUCUUUUAAGCCAGGCCCUUGGAGAUUCUGAGGACAGCUAUGAAGCUGCGUGUUCCUACAAACUUUCAUAGGACUUAAGGACCACCACUUAAGUUUAUUUGGAGAGAAAGAGAGAGACAGACAGAAGAGCAAGCCAGCAAGCCAGCUUUUCAACAGAUCAAUGAACUGAGCCAUGUUCAAAUCCCUGUUAUGUUGAUGCCAGAUGACUUCAAGGCCUAUUCGAAGAUAAAGGUGGACAAUCACCUUUUUAACAAAGAAAACAUGCCAAGCCACUUCAAGUUUAAGGAAUACUGCCCCAUGGUUUUCCGUAACCUGCGGGAGAGGUUUGGAAUCGAUGAUCAGGAUUUCCAGAAUUCCCUGACCCGGAGUGCACCUCUUCCCAAUGACUCCCAGGCCCGCAGUGGAGCGCGAUUCCACACGUCCUAUGACAAGAGGUAUAUCAUCAAAACCAUCACGAGUGAAGAUGUGGCCGAAAUGCACAACAUCCUGAAGAAAUACCACCAGUAUAUAGUGGAAUGUCAUGGGAUCACCCUUCUUCCCCAGUUCCUGGGCAUGUACCGGCUUAAUGUGGAUGGAGUUGAAAUAUAUGUGAUUGUUACAAGAAAUGUGUUCAGCCACCGUUUAUCUGUAUAUAGGAAAUAUGACUUAAAGGGCUCUACAGUGGCCAGGGAAGCAAGUGACAAAGAAAAGGCCAAAGAACUGCCAACUCUAAAGGAUAAUGAUUUCAUUAAUGAGGGUCAAAAGAUUUAUAUUGAUGACAACAACAAAAAGGUAUUCCUGGAAAAGCUGAAGAAGGAUGUAGAGUUUCUUGCCCAGUUGAAGCUCAUGGACUACAGCCUGCUGGUGGGAAUCCACGACGUGGAGAGAGCCGAGCAGGAGGAGGUGGAGUGUGAGGAGGAUGGGGAGGAGGAGGGGGAAAGCGACGGCGCCCACCCUGUGGGGACCCCUCCUGACAGCCCCGGGAACACGCUCAACAGCUCGCCGCCCCUGGCUCCGGGCGAGUUUGAUCCAAACAUUGAUGUCUAUGGAAUUAAAUGCCAUGAAAAUUCGCCUCGGAAGGAGGUGUACUUUAUGGCAAUUAUUGACAUUCUGACUCAUUACGAUGCGAAAAAGAAAGCUGCCCACGCUGCAAAAACUGUUAAGCACGGCGCUGGUGCGGAGAUCUCCACCGUGAACCCAGAACAGUAUUCCAAGCGCUUUUUGGACUUUAUUGGCCACAUCUUAACGUAACGUCCUGCACAACUGUGGACGGACGUGAGCAUGGGAAGGAUAGAGGUGGCUUCAGCACAGGAAAAAUGAACACCAAACUCAGUGAAGCACACCUCCUCGUUUACAUCUUCAGGCCAAGAUGACUGACUUGGGGGCUACUCGCUUUAAUAGCUACCUGAUAUUUCCCAGCAUCAUUCUAGCUAUUUCUGACGUGUGUGUGUCUGUGCGUGUGUGCAUCUUAAAAAUUGAUUGAUUAAUGGAAGCUGACCAGCUUUGGUUAGUGUGUGUUUGGGGCAACAAACCUCUGAUUCCAGCUGUGGACAAAUGAAUGAAUGAAUGAAUGAGUGAGUGAGCACAAGAGGGGGGGAGGGGGAGAAGGCAAUGCAUGUCAGACCAACCAGGUUGGCACCACACGAUAAACUGUGGAUCAGUUUAUUUUCUGGAGUUGAAAGAUGUGAGACAGUAUUCGUAAUAAUAAUGAAGAUAAUAAUAAUGAUGAUAAUAAUAAUGAUGGUGAUUAAGAGGAAAAAAAAAACUUACUGCAGAUGUUACACUUCUACCACGCACGCUGACACUCCUUAAUAGUUGCACCCGGGCGCUGGACGAAGGAGGCUGGCAUCUCCCGUGCCUCCUGGCUUGGGUGUCGGGACUCCCCGUGUCCGGGGACAAACGCCCCUCCUCCAGCAGGAAGCUGAUGCCCCUAGUGACUCUCUCUGUACAUUUUCACCUCAGUAAAUAUGUCCAGGAAAACUGCUUACUUCUCUUUUCUUGCCUGGAGCUUCUUCACUGAUAACACUCUUUCGUUGCAAUACAGGAAUUAAUGCUACAAAAUAAAAAUAAAAGCUUAUCUGAAAAGUGCAUAGUUUUGGGCAAUGGUAUCUACAUCUCCCAUGGUGGGAAGGUGAGCAAAGCAUUUAGAACUCUCAAUCCUCCUGUUGAACAGUGGUAUUUUGUUAUAAAUUUGCCCUUUAACUGAAAUCCUCAAUAUUACUGUUUACAUUAUUAGGAAAACAGGGAUAUUUUUGAAUCUAAAAAUUUAAUGUACAGCACGUGAUUUUUGAAGUUUACAUGUAAAGUCAUUUUACAGUAUAGAUGAAAUAAUGUUUGUCAUAUUUUGAAAUGUAUCCUGCAGUCAUGUUUUGGGGUGAAUGUUUUAUUCAAAGUACCAGGUAGGCAGUCUUUUACAGUAAAAGGAAAAGGGUUGUUUUCCUCCAGAUGUACAUUUAUCAGUCUAAUGAUUUUUUUAUUUUUAAAGAAAAUGUUUAACCCAGAUCUGGUUAUGUAAGUUCAUUGCCCUAAACUGUGCUGACUGUGUCUAAUCAAGUUAUAGAUUUCCAACAUCGAUCAUAUAUUUACCAACUUCCUGGCAUUUUCUGAAAGGCGUGAAGCUAAAAUAUUAGACUUGCUUAGGAAUACGUUAUCAACUUAUACACUGUGCUAAAGCUGUGCCUUUGAAAUUCUUUGUUUAAAAUGUGAGAUGACUUUUGUAGGCAGGUUCAGGAAAGAAAAACAAAAAUCCACCCUUUAAUAAUUACUUGCAACUCAACAAAUAGUCCCGCCAUACUGCCUCUUCCAGUAACUUUACUUCAGGGCUUAUCAAGUCUGCAACUGUGCCCAAGGUAUAUAGGUUUACUUCAGAAAAUACGGGGUGACAGCAGCCAGAAUCUGGGGAGCAAGGCCAUUCUACCACAUCUACUGACUUCACUCAGAAUUUUUAUCCUCAGCAGACAUUGACAGCACUGUGAUCUGGUUGUCCAAAUCUGUAUUUCAUGUGUCUAAAUUAAUUGAAAUAGUGAUUUAAUAUGCCCCCACCCCCACCCUGCCAUUCAUUCUGGCAUUGAGUCCCUUUCAGUACUCUGAAGUUAGGCUGUAGUUUCUUUAAUCCAGGAUUACAAAUGUGAGACCCUGAAGUAAAGAGAAGGUACCCAAACAUUAUUUGAGUAAUUGUUUCCUUUGUGACCCAUCUGUGUAUGCUUUUAGAAGUUUACAAAAUGCUUUAUUUUUGUCUGUAACAGUCUCUGUCAUCCACCCUGUUGAUCAAAUCUUCGGACAGAGUGAGGAAGUUCGCCUUGUAUCUUUUCGUGCUAACAGUACACUCCAGUUAUGAGCCGGGCUUUACAAAAUAAAGCACUUUGAUGACUCACAAGGUGGAGUCUUUGUGCUUCUCUCUCAA